CGUACCCUGUUCCAUAAUCUGCAACAAAAUGAUGAUUAUCAUCAUCAUCAUCAUCAUCUCCAUCACCAUCACCUUCUCUUCCUCCCUAUUAUUAAUAUAUCCCUUCACUUUCAUCCUAUCGCUUGCAUAUUCACCAUGGUAAACAAAACACCGACCUCGUGGUUGUCAAUGGUGAAAAGGGCUCUCGGGUCUAAUGCUAAAGAUAACGAGAAAAAAAGUUGCAGAACAAGAGAGAAAAGAAGAUGGCUAUUUAAAUGGUCUCAACAACGUAAACCCAAGACCAAAUCACAAUCCAUUGCAGCUGUUAACAUCGUUAGGCUUAAUUGCAGAGCUUCCAAUUACGCCAUUGUUGGAGAAAAAAACCAAGCUGCUAUUGUCAUUCAAACAGCUUUUAGAGGCUACAUAGCAAGGAAAGCAUUGGGAGCAUUGAAAGGGGUAGUGAAGCUUCAAGCUUUAGUGAGAGGGCACAAUGUGAGAAGACGAGCAAAGGUGGCACUAAAAUGCAUGCAAUCUUUGGUUCGAGUACAAAAUCGAGUGCUGCUCCAUCAACAACGAGCAAGGCUUUCAUAUGAAGGGUGUAGAAGGGCCAUGUUUAUUGAAUCCAAUUCAUCGUGGGAAUCUCCAUGUCUGCAAGAUCUUCGUAGGAGAAAGUCCAUCCUAAGUGCUUUAACUUUUUUUUCAUUGGGUUUUACUAUCUGAGUUACAUUAGCAGUUUAGCACUCUAAUUCUAGUUAACAAUUUUGGUAACCAACGUCUUUAGGUACUCCUCUAAGAUUAAUUACUAUAUACUAUAUGUAAUGUAGCAGUAAUAUAAUUACGGUUUGCGGAUUGAGUAAUUUAACUCAA